CUACAACAAAAAUUCCUAUUACAAAAAUAGCAGACAACUUGAAUUGAAUUUAAUAAAUUUGUUUCAUAAUGAUAAUAGUUCUUGCCUAUAGUUCAUGGUGACGGGUCACAACCUUCAUCACCCGAGACGGCUUUACACAUGGACAUCUCCUGGCGACCGCUGCCGUAACCAGAUUGAUUAUAUACUGAUUAGUAGUCGCUGGAGAUCAUCAAUAACCAACGUGAAAACCUUCCCGGGAGCUGAUUGUGGAUCCGACCAUAGUUUGUUGGUUGCUAAGUUUGCCCUGCGCCUCAAAGCAAUAAAGAAAAAGUGCCUCAAGCCUAUGUGUACGUUAACGCCCGCAGAACAAAAGCAGUUCCAAUGUGCACUUGACGCAGCGAUUGUUCAAACAUCUCCAUUAGCAAACGCGGACUCGGACGAACAGUGGAGACACCUUAAGGACCAGAUCAAUGAGACAUUCGAAAUUAUUAGCAACAAGCACCCUCUUACACCCUGCCCUAAACAGAUCUGGAUGUCAGAUAAGACCUUGAAACUCAUACAGGAUAGGAAGGAGCUUAGAGGCCGUGGGUUAUCAGAUCCAGCAGACAGAGUAAAGUACUCGGAGCUUUCUAGAAUGAUCCAAAGACAAUGUCGGCACGAUAAAAACAACUUUGUUGAGCGCAUCUGUGAAGAAGUAGAGGAGCAUGCGUUCAGAUCGAAAAGCUCGGACCUCUUCAAGAAGUUAAAACUGCUGACAAAACAGUUCAAACCUAGAUCAUGGCUGAUAGAAUAUGAAGAUGGUACGCCUUUGCAAGACUUAGAGGCAGUGACGAAGAGAUGGCGCAAUUACUGCGAGAAUCUUUAUAGAAACUCACAUGAAUGCAACUCACCACAAGAUACAACAAAUUGGUGCGAGUUAACGCUAGAACCACCCAUCCUUGAAUCAGAGAUCUCGGCUGCUAUAGACGCGCUUAAAUACAGGAAAGCCCCUGGUCCAGAUCGUGUUACAUCGGAAAUAAUAAAAGCCCUGGGUCCUAAAGCCGUAAAAGUCCUACACAGAAUUUGCGACAACAUCUGGCGAACUGGAAGAUGGCCUCAGACUGGACUAAGUCGAUCAUAUUACCUCUUCACAAAAAGGGAUCCACUUCUAAGUGCGAUAAUUAUAGAACCCUUGCACUGAUAUCACAUGCCAGCAAAGUGAUGUUACAUAUCAUCAAUAACAGGAUUCGAUACUAUCUGAACUGGCAAAUACCACAGGAACAGGCGGGUUUUGUAAAGGGCAAAGGUACCCGUGAGCAAAUUCUAAAUAUUCGCCAAUUGAUCGAAAAGGCCUACGAGUUCAACACACCCACCAUC